AAAAAAAAAAAAAGAGGGGAAAAAAAAAAAGAAGGGGAGCUUGACCUUUAAACCUGUUAUCACACUGCAAGAAAGAGAUAGAGACUCUUUUCAGCUGCCUUCACUCCCAUGUGACCUGCAGGGAGAAUAGAUUCAAAAUAGACUAGUUCCUCCCAGGGCAAUACAAGACAGAGGAGAAAAGCACUGUCAUUUCCGAACAGCACAGAGCUAGAGUAAAGUCAGCGUGAAAAAGGAAGGAGUUGCAGUGUGCUGGAAUUCUUCCUCCACAACCUGGAUUAUUACAGGAGACGGACUUCAAGGGGUUUAAAAAGCAGAGGAUUUUAAAAAUUUGUUCAAAAUGGAGUACUUUGAGAAAAAGCUUUGUCAGGACAACUGAUGUUUGACUUCUAGAACUACUGAAGGAGUUUUUCAAAAUGAGCAUUGUUAUGAAGCCAAGAUCCCGAUCUACCAGCUCCUUAAGGACUGCCGACACAAUGUGUUUUGAUGUAGACAAUGGUACGUCAUCGGGACGAAGUCCCUUGGAUCCCAUGACAAGCCCUGGAUCAGGGCUAAUUCUUCAGGCAAAUUUUGUCCAUAGUCAACGCAGGGAGUCUUUCCUUUACCGGUCAGACAGUGACUAUGACCUGUCUCCAAAGUCCAUGUCCAGGAACUCCUCCAUUGCCAGUGAUAUACAUGGAGAUGACUUGAUUGUGACACCAUUUGCCCAGGUGCUGGCCAGCCUGCGUACCGUACGGAAUAACUUUGCCGCAUUAACCAAUUUACAAGAUCGGGCACCUAGCAAACGUUCACCAAUGUGUAACCAACCAUCUAUUAACAAAGCAAGCUUGACAGAGGAGGCCUACCAAAAACUGGCCAGCGAGACCCUGGAGGAACUGGACUGGUGCCUCGACCAGCUGGAGACCCUGCAGACCAGGCACUCCGUCAGCGAAAUGGCUUCGAACAAGUUCAAGAGAAUGCUGAACCGGGAGCUAACCCACCUAUCUGAAAUGAGCAGAUCAGGCAACCAGGUCUCAGAAUAUAUAUCAAACACUUUCUUAGACAAACAACAUGAAGUUGAAAUCCCAUCUCCGGCACAGAAGGAGAAAGAGAAAAAGAAGAGGCCGAUGUCCCAGAUCAGUGGAGUCAAAAAGCUCAUGCACAGCACCAGCCUAACUAAUUCUAGUAUUCCCCGAUUUGGAGUUAAAACAGAUCAUGAAGAGGGUCUUGCCAAGGAACUAGAAGAUGUGAAUAAAUGGGGCCUCCAGGUUUUCAGAGUAGCUGAGUUAUCUGGAAACAGACCUUUGACAGUCAUCAUGCAUACGAUUUUUCAGGAACGGGACUUGCUAAAAACAUUUAAGAUUCCAGUGGACACUUUAAUAACUUACUUAAUGACCCUGGAAGACCAUUACCAUUCAGAUGUGGCAUAUCACAACAACAUACAUGCUGCAGAUGUUGUUCAGUCAACCCAUGUCCUGCUGUCAACGCCAGCAUUAGAGGCAGUGUUCACUGAUUUGGAGAUUCUUGCAGCCAUUUUUGCAAGUGCGAUACAUGAUGUAGAUCAUCCCGGGGUUUCAAACCAGUUUCUUAUCAACACAAAUUCUGAACUCGCCUUGAUGUACAAUGACUCAUCGGUACUGGAGAAUCAUCACUUAGCUGUGGGCUUCAAGCUGCUGCAGGAAGAAAAUUGUGACAUUUUCCAGAAUUUGAGCAAAAAACAGAGGCAAUCAUUGAGGAAAAUGGUCAUUGACAUUGUACUUGCAACAGACAUGUCUAAGCAUAUGAAUCUGUUGGCUGAUUUAAAAACCAUGGUUGAAACCAAAAAAGUGACCAGUUCUGGUGUCCUACUUCUUGAUAACUAUUCAGACAGAAUUCAGGUUCUUCAGAAUAUGGUGCACUGUGCAGAUCUAAGCAAUCCAACUAAGCCACUUGAUCUCUACCGCCAAUGGACAGACAGAAUUAUGGAGGAAUUUUUUCGGCAAGGAGAUCGGGAAAGAGAGAGGGGAAUGGAGAUAAGUCCCAUGUGUGAUAAGCACAAUGCAUCUGUAGAAAAAUCACAGGUGGGUUUUAUAGACUAUAUUGUUCAUCCUCUGUGGGAGACAUGGGCAGAUCUUGUUCACCCAGAUGCCCAGGAAAUCUUAGAUACACUGGAGGACAAUCGAGAAUGGUACCAGAGCACAAUCCCUCAAAGUCCUUCUCCUGCAGCUGAUGACCAGGAAGAGAGUAAGCAGACUCAAACUGAAAAAUUCCAGUUUGAACUAACACUGGAGGAAGAUGGUGAGUCAGACACAGAAAAGGACAGUGGAAGUCAAGUAGAAGAAGACACCAGCUGCAGUGACUCCAAGACUCUUUGCACCCAGGAUUCAGAAUCCACUGAAAUUCCUCUUGAUGAGCAAGUAGGGGAAGAAGUAGAAGAGGAGGAGAACCAGACAGAACCUUGUGUGGUAGAAGACCAUACUCCUAACACGUAGCAAGGAGGAUGCAGUCUCUUUCUCUCUUGCUCUCUCCCUUCUCUUUUCUUUUCUUUCUCUUUUUAUUUUCAUUUUUCUCUUUUUAUUUUUUUUUUAAUUGGGUAAUGGAUUUUGGAAUGUCAUCAGUAGCCUAUGUCAUAUGACAUAGACUACAAUCGUAGUCACAACUCAGUGUCAUCUCCAGGGAUGUUUGUUGAUCAAAACUGAUGUUGAUGAUUCAGUUUGGCACUCAGGAAUAUUGAAAAAGAAAUUUUCACCUGCAUGGCAUCAGAAAGCAGGGGUGGGAACAUCCAUAAACUACAUCUUCAUAAGCUCUCCAUUUGUCAGGUAGGAUUAAAUAAAGCAAAUGUUUUCAGAGGAGUAGCAGCUGUCGACCGAAUGCUAAUAUGCUUUGAUAAUUUUUGAAUUCAAGCAAAGCAUUGGAUGUUUGUCAUGAAAGGAAACAGACAAAAAUAAACUGAGGUUCCUACUGGAAAACAAAUGUCAUAAAUAACGAGACACAACAUGAUUCUGUUACCAACAGGAAGAUGAGCUAUGAAAAUUGCAAAAUUUUAAUUUUGUGAUUUUCAAUCUUCCUGAUUGUGAUUGAAAAAAGUGUGCCCAGUGGGUUGCACUAACCUCUGCAUUUUGUAUAUUAUGUAGAAGAGAGGCCUUUUGUAGAGCUUUUAUUAUUAAUUAUACUGAGGUAUUAUAUUUAAAGAAAAACACUUUCAGACUUCAUCUGCCACUUUUUUGUUGUUGUUGUUUGUUUUGUUUUGUUGGGCUUCUUUUGGUUUCUUUUUUGGUUUCAUUUUUGUUUGUUUUGGUUUUGUUUUUUUUUCACAAAGAGUAACUUGCGAGUUUUCAGUACAAAUCUGUGCUACACUGGAUAAUACUUUUUCUCCUUUCCUUAUAUUUUUUGCACCUUAGAAUCUCAUGGUAAUAUUCAGCUGUAAAAGUAUUUUAUAUAUUAGUGAAUUCCAUUAAUAUCCUUUGUUACAUAAAACUUUUGCAGGAUGAUAGUUUGUUUUGUGUGUUUGCUUUUCAUCACAAUUUUCCCAAAUGUAUUACAGGAACUUAUGUUUUGAUUUUGCCCUUGUAGUGGCCUGAUCCUGCCAAUUCUGUCUUAUUACAACAAGUGGUCCCACCAAAACCAUGUUGAACCACUAAGACUAGGAUUUGCAGGACUAGAGCUCUAGUCCUGCAGUUAAGGACUUAGAAAAGAAAGGUAAUGAAUUGUCAUCUUAAUAAAAAAGCAGUUCUACUGCUGUAAAAUUUUUCUCCCUCCGAAAAGUGAUUACCAGACUGUUUUUGGCUGGGAUCUGUAGACUGCUAAAUCAGAACAGGCUAAUAUAAUGUAUGGGAUAUUUAUUUUGGCAAAAAAAAAGCAUUAGUGUAAUAUUUCAAAUUUUGUUUCGUUCUUGACUUCUUAUGUGUUAAUAAUCUAGUAAACCAUUUGCUAAUCUGUGUAUAACAUAAUAGUAAUGAUAGCAUUAUUUUUUCAUGUCUGUCUUGCAAGAAGAGCCAGGUCAGUCUUGUCUUUUUAUGUUUUGAAAUAAUGAGUAAUGCAUCAGGAGAGUUGUUUACUCCACAUUAUUUCAAUCUCAGACCUUUUCAUCCUUUACCCAGCUUGUGCUGGGAAUCCUGCUUUUCAGUUUGGUGGGUACUGAAAGCUUCUGUAACUUGAAAAGUUAAAGAGAGGUAGGAGUUCAUAUUUG